AUGAUGAUACGAUUGCUUCUAACAAUCAGCACAACAUCGAUUCUUGCUGUGUGCGCUUUCAUAUUCAACGACGAUCGCAAAUAUCCAAAGUGUUACGAGCUCGACUUGGAAAACUGUUUUCGCGAAGCAUUUUUGUCCGCCAUUCAUCCGCCAAUGAUCCAGAAACGAGAUGUUCCGUUUUUCCACAACGGCAAUAUGACGGUAUUGGAUAAACGAAAGCAUAGCCGCCAACUUCAAAUUUGUCAUGAUGUUCGCAAAUUCUCGUCGUGCUUCCUCUAUCCGGGAUGUUCAGAUCAAGUAGCAGCGAAUAUUGCUUCUGUGCAGUACCAUAUGGUUUUUGGUAAGAAACUUCCAAUGAAUGUAUUUCUAGCAUAUCGAGGUUACGGUAGACAGCUGUGUGAUCAAAGAUGCUCAAAAGAUGGUACAGCUACUUGCCGAAAGGGAAUGGAUGCCGAUGUGCAGCAAGAAGAGCAGGGAUACCUUCUGGAACUUUCAUCUAUUAUCGGACAUAUCCAACCAAACCGGGACACAACGGUAGCUUGCAAUAGGUUCAAUAAAAUAUUAAUAAAUCUUCUCCGAUUACGUCGGCAAUACUGUGGGGAUUCGGCAAGAUGCACUUGCUCGGAAGCCAAUGUGCAACAGGGGGUUGAUGGCUGUAAUUUGGGAUGUGAGCAUUAUCUGCACAUGAAUAUGUCGGAGUCUCAAGACCUCUCCGUCGAUUACGAUGUAAUAAUUAUUGGUGCUGGUUUAUCUGGUCUGACGGCAGCCAAGGAGCUUUUAAAGCGAACUCCUGAAACAAGGCUGCUGAUAUUAGAAGCGAAAGACCGCAUUGGUGGGCGAACAAUUGGAGUUGAAAUGAAGGGCGCUAAACAUUCCAAGGUGAAAUUUGACCUUGGCGGACAAUGGCUCGGAAGAACUCAGAAAUAUGCUCUAGAUAUGGCAAAAGAACUUGGAUUAACGACAUUCGAACAAUAUACAGAAGGACAGAAAAUGGCACAAAUGGGGGUAUCUAAUCCGAGAAAGUAUAAAUCAGCACUGCCGGUGACAAGUUUAAAGCAUUUCAACAUUUUCGAAAUAAUCGAUUCACUCCGAACACUUGGAAAAAUCUCAUGGCUCGGAUAUCAUGCUGAUGUGAUUAACCCAUUCGCGUGGAAGAAGGCCACUGGAUUUGACGACAUGUCUGUUUCAAAAUGGACCCGAGAGAACUGCUGGACUCGAGCGAAUCAGGAUGCGAUUGAUAUUGCCACUCGCACAAUUUAUGGUGUCGAACCGAACAGAAUGAGCAUGCUCUACAAUCUGGUUGUCGCCAAGUCAGCAGGAACGUUUUUAAAUUUAUGCGAAUGCGAAGGUAAUGGAGCGCAGGCGUUAAAAAUAACGGGUGGAGCAUUUCAAAUGGCUGAGAAACUUGCCAAUUUGGUGGGAAACGGAAUUAUUCGCCUCAACUAUGCAGUUAGUAACAUCAAUGUCGACGAGGACAAUGGAAUCACGACAAUCUCUGGAGUCGACGUGAAAACAAAUCAAAAAUUCUCAUUCACGUGUAGUCACGUCAUUUGCUCAAUUCCUCCCAAUAUCUGCUCAAAAAUUCACUGGAUGCCAAAAGUUCCGGAUUUGAAGAGACGACUUUUCGAGGGUUGUAUGCAGGGAAACCUCAUCAAAUUUGUGAUCACUUUCGAAUCAGCCUUCUGGAAAGAAAAAGGAUUUUCCGGAGAAAUUGUCAGUACCGGAAGAACAAUUGUACCUGGCGAGGUCCUGCCAAUUAUGUGCACGUAUGAUGCAACAACAUCGACAGGUGUCCCAGCGUUAGUCGGAUUCAUUAACGAGGAGUAUUCAGACAAACCAUUCAACGAAAGAUGUAAUGCGGUUGUCACAGAUCUUGUCCGCUUCUUCGGCGAAGAUGCCUUGAUGCAGUUCUUGGAUUAUAAGGAUAAAGUUUGGGCUCAUGAGGAUUACAAUGGAGGAUGUCCCAAUAUUUAUGUUCCUCCUGGUCAAAUGGACGCUUAUCAAGUGAUUCGCGAACCAUUCUACAAUGUCCAUUUCGCUGGAACCGAAACCGCGACAGAAUGGAUUGGCUACAUGAAUGGCGCGAUCCAAAGUGGUUAUCGAACGGCUCACGAAGUUCUUCAAUGCAUGGAGAAGUACGAUUUGGUGGUGUAUAAUUACUUGAAAAACACAGUUUACGACCAAGACUACAAGCCACCACCACCGCCAACGAACAUUUAUAUUGAAACGCGGUCGCCCUGGUGGCGGCGUAUCUUCUUCUUCACAACGUUGCUCUUCGGAAUCUAUGCUUACAGUCGCCACUACCGUCUUUCAUUGGUUGCGCGAACUGUCAAACCAAUCGAGAACAAACUAAUCAAAUUCUUCUUCGAUCUAGAAUGGCCGGAAUAA